CUUUGAGAGGAGGCAGGCCGGUGAUUUUCCACUGCCGCUGAUGUCUCCGGUCCCCCCGAUUUAAGAGACAAAUGUCAGAAAGAGAGGCUUAUAAAUAGGCUAAAAUAUAGGGUACCGACGCGUCCAGCCCUCAGUCGCUCCCACGGACACAGGAGGAAACGGACAAGACGACACGGACAAGGGACCGCGCUCAGAGGACAUUAAAAGGACAAAAUCCAAUACAAAAUAACAUCAACAGAGCAGAAUGGCUCAGAAAGAGAAACUUCAGUGCCUGAAGGAUUUCCAUAAGGACACUCUGAAGCCAUCUCCCGGUAAGAGCCCUGGUACCCGGCCUGAAGACGAGGCAGAGGGCAAACACCCCCAGCGGGAGAAAUGGGCCAGCAAGUUGGACUUUGUUCUGUCUGUGGCUGGCGGCUUUGUAGGUUUAGGGAAUGUCUGGCGUUUCCCAUACCUCUGCUAUAAGAAUGGUGGAGGUGCAUUUCUCAUCCCUUACUUCAUUUUCCUGUUUGGCGGUGGUCUGCCGGUCUUCUUCUUGGAGGUCGCCCUGGGUCAGUUCACCUCCGAGGGUGGCAUCACCUGCUGGGAGAAGCUCUGCCCCAUCUUUACUGGUAUUGGUUAUGCCUCCAUUGUGAUCGUUUCCCUGCUGAAUAUCUACUACAUCGUCAUCCUGGCCUGGGGCCUCUACUACCUGUUCCAGUGUUUUCAGCCGGAGCUGCCCUGGGCCAAGUGCAAACAGCCCUGGAACACCGAUCGCUGCAUCGAGGACACCUACCGCAAGAACAAAACCCUUUGGCUGGCUGCCAACGCCUCCAACUUCACCUCCCCCGUCACCGAGUUCUGGGAACAUAAUGUGCUGGGUAUCACCAGUGGUAUAGAGAAUAUCGGUCCUGUUAAAUGGGACCUGGCUCUGUGUUUACUGCUCGUCUGGGUCAUCUGCUUCUUCUGCAUCUGGAAGGGAGUCAAGUCCACUGGCAAGGUGGUCUACAUCACAGCCACGUUCCCAUUUGUCAUGCUCAUCGUGCUGUUGAUUCGUGGUGUGACACUGCCAGGUGCUGCUGAGGGUAUCAAGUUCUACCUGUACCCUGACCUCGCUCGCCUGAAGGACCCAGAGGUGUGGAUUGACGCCGGCACCCAGAUCUUCUUCUCUUAUGCCAUCUGUUUGGGUGCCAUGACGUCCCUGGGGAGCUACAACAAGUACAAAUACAACUGCUACAGGGACUGUUUGCUGCUGGGAGCCCUCAACAGUGGUACCAGUUUUGUGUCUGGCUUCGCAAUAUUUUCCGUCCUGGGCUUCAUGGCACAAGAGCAAGGGGUGGACAUUGCUGAUGUGGCAGAGUCAGGUCCAGGCCUGGCGUUCAUUGCCUACCCCAAGGCUGUAACCAUGAUGCCUUUUCCUACACUCUGGGCAAUUCUCUUCUUCAUUAUGCUGCUGCUGCUUGGCCUCGACAGUCAGUUUGUGGAGGUGGAAGGGCAGAUCACAUCACUGGUGGAUCUGUAUCCGUCCUUCCUACGGAAGGGUUACCGCAGAGAGGUCUUCAUCGCUAUCAUCUGCUGCAUCAGCUACCUGCUUGGACUCACCAUGGUCACCAAGGGUGGCAUGUAUGUUUUCCAGCUGUUUGAUUACUAUGCAGCUAGCGGUGUGUGCCUUCUGUGGGUGGCAUUCUUUGAAUGUAUAGCUGUUGCCUGGGUAUAUGGCGUUGAUAAUUUCUACGAUGCACUCGAGGACAUGAUUGGCUAUAGACCAAAUCCUUGGAUGAAAUGGAGCUGGACUGUUAUCACUCCUUUACUGUGCAUGGGCUGCUUUAUUUUCUCCUUGGUCAAAUACAAGCCAUUGACGUACAACAAGGUCUACAAGUAUCCUGACUGGGCUGUUGGAAUAGGUUGGACUCUGGCCUUGGCCUCCAUGAUCUGCAUCCCCAUGGUGGUUGUCAUCAAGAUCAUUCAGUCCGAUGGGCCGCUCAUUGAGAGGAUUAAGGCGGUGGCAGCCCCAGUUCGUGGCGGGGCCAGCUCCCGUCCUGCAGACCACCGUGGCCCCAAGGAGCUCUCCUACCCGCUGGACCCCAAUGGGAACAAGGGCCUGCUGAUGAAGGCCCCCACCCACACCAUCGUAGAAACCAUGAUGUAAAGGAAUGAGGUGGAGGCUCUCCAUGAGAUCGCUCUCCUCUCCACUCCUGUCCUCUGAAAUGCUUCUGAAGCUAGCUAGCUUUCUGUCUAUCUGUCUAUCUGUCUGUCUGGUGGACUGAUAAGGGUUUUAAGGAAAAAAAAAAAUUUCCCGUUUCAAAUCUUCUAGGAGUACUUUGGAAGUAGUUUGCUGUUGGUGGUUUUCUUGAGGGUAGCGAUCACAUUUCAAAUCUAUUUCUGAAAUACUCACAAGCUGUUUUUUGGUUUUUAUAUAUUUUUUUAUUUUUAAUAUUCAUGUGACUACACAUGUCCCACUAUUGUCUUGUUUAAAGGCAGACUGGCAAAUUAGCACCAGCCUCUGGCCAUAUGCUGGUAGAUUUCUGUUUGUUCCACCAGCUACGUUUGCCGAAGAAAAGCUGUUGUUCUAAAAAAGGAAGAAAGUGGUUAUUGAGUAUGGGAAUCAAACAGGCUUUUGUAGCCACAAUAUGAAAAAGGUGUCCUACGCUGAUGAUAGACCACCAAAAAAUUGAUUUUAUGGGCUGUUCUUUGCUUGUGAUACUAUGAACAGGGUGCACUUAUCUGAGGGCAUGUGCCAUAGGGUUCAUAUUUGGCUUAUUCUGUUCCACUGUGUUCAGUUGAGACCCAGUUGAGAUGAGGCAGAAGGUCGAAGCACUACAGGUACAGCAUUAUUAACUAAAAAAAAAAACACGUUUUUUUACCCCUUCAGUAAUCAGAAAUUCUGAAGAGCGUCUCGAUGUUGUUUCAGCUGCAAUAGGCCAGAUUUUUAUUGAGAAUUAUGACCAAACUGUCCGACCUAAAUCUCAAAAUGAGGUCGUCACAAGGAAAGUGUCCCCAAUCCAACAAAUAUUACAUCCUGUAGACUGAUUUAUUUAAGUCUGGUAUCAAAAAUGGAUACUACCAAAAAAACUUGACAAAUCAAAACUUAAGAGCAAAAAUCCAAAGCUGCAGCCACCAAAGUUAAAUUCUUUCCCUUCGCCGCCUCUUUUUUUUCCCUCCCUAUAAUCACAGACCAGCUGGAUUGGUAACCAUGAGCAAUGCUGAAAAUUUGCCACUACUUUGGGCUGUUAAUACACUAAAUUGCCUGGUGCAGCUAAAAAAAAAAAAAAAAAAACUGCAAAAAGAGAAA